AUGGACGGGAUCAAGAACGAAGGCAUUCGGGACUCCCACGCAUUCUUUAUCGAGACGUCUUCGAGUAUCGCCGAGAUAAUCAGCACGGACAGCAGUAAAGAAAACAGGAGUGUAGUGAGACGCAUGCAUUACGCCUGCGACGUUUGCUCGUUCCCGUGUCGGACGAAGGGAAAUUUAAAGAAGCACAUGCAGCUCCACAAGAAUAUGUGCAGAACCUGCAACGAGCUGUUCGUCUCGUCGGAGAAGCUGGAGCUUCACAUGGUCGUGAAUCACGGCGAGCCCAAGUACACCUGCAAGCUGUGCUAUUCCGUCGUGUGGAACAAGCCAGACAUGAAGAAGCACUUCCUCAUGAGCCACUUGGAUCCUUUCUGCAACACGUGCACCGCCUGCAACAAGGUGUUCCAAUCCAAGUACGCGAUAGAGAGGCACAUGUACAGCCAGCACACGAAGCUCUCGGUUGCGUGCACCAUUUGCAGACGCGUCUACAACAGUUUCCACGCGCUGAGGGCGCACACCAAGCUCAUUCAUCUCAAGACCGGUUACCAGUGCGAGAUCUGCAAACGGCGCCUUCUCUCGGCGGACUCUCUGGAGGCGCACCUACGUCGGCACGAGGGCACGCGAAACAUGGACAGCUAUAUCUGUACGACGUGCGGAGAGACCUUCCUCACGAAAAACAAGCUGAACAAACACGUGACCAUCCACGGCGAGAUCAAUCCCUACGUAUGCCCGGUCUGCCAGAAAGCCUUCGAGAAACGGGCGAACCAGGUGCAACACAUUUUGACGCAUAUGAGUAACGUUUACGCGUGUGAUAUAUGCGGCCUGAGAUACUCGCGAAGGGCUGCCCUGAUAUGGCACAGGAAGAUGCAUCCUGGACCGCUCGGCAAACUGCCGGUUAUACCCGUGAUAGGCAUUGUGAGCGAAUUUGUUAAGAAUUAUAUUAGCAAAACAAAAACCUUACCGAACACUUAA